GGCCGGGCUGAGGGCGAGCAGCCCGGCCGCCCCGGGGCUCAGGGCAAGGGGGCGGACAUGGGCUUCUUUCCACAUUGCGCGCUGCGGAGCCUCUUGGGCCCCGGGCGCGUGCAGGGCACUAGCCGCAUCCCGGGUACGAAGCAGCUGCUCCUAUCUCUGCCCCACGGAGGAGUGCCUAGCUCUCUUAUGCUCCGCUACAGCUCGGGGGGACUUAUUAGAACCCAGGAACGAACACUAAUUGCAGUAAAGCCAGAUGGUGUUCAGCGGAGGCUCGUUGGAGAUGUCAUUAGGCGCUUUGAGAGGCGAGGGUUCAAGCUGGUGGGCAUGAAGCUACUACAGGUCCUCCUGGUGCUAUCUGGCUCCAGAAUUCUUCCCAACUCUCUCCUCAAUGCCUUCCAGGCCCCAGAAAAAGUCCUUGCUGAGCAUUACCACGACCUGAAGAAGAAGCCCUUCUAUCCAAACUUGAUCAAGUAUAUGAGCUCUGGUCCUGUGGUUGCGAUGGUCUGGGAAGGGUACAAUGUGGUCCGUACCUCUAGGGCCAUGGUAGGAGACACUGACUCAGCAGAUGCUGCCCCUGGGACCAUCCGAGGAGAUUUCAGUGUUCACAUCAGCAGGAAUGUUGUCCAUGCCAGUGACUCUGUGGAAGUGGCCCAGAGAGAGAUCAGCCUGUGGUUUCAUAGCAGUGAGCUGGUGGAUUGGAACUGCUGCAGUCACAGCAACCUGUACCAUGUGUGAGGGAGGGUCUCAGCCCACCUCCUGCCCACACUGACCACAGACCUAGGAGCAACUACCUCUGCCAAUGAGAAUGCCAUGUUCUUCCCUUCCUUCUGCCCCUGUCCAAGCUCCAUGCCAUCUCGCUGUCUUGUCUCCCUCUCCCCCACUGCAGAGACCUCUCUGAUGCCAAACAUGUGCCUUUUCACUCCGUGGCCCAAGCCAUUGGAGGACUGAGUCUGAUCCUUCCCUCCAUCACAGUGCAAGUCAGUCAACCUUGAGGGCAAUUGCCUGUAACCAGAGAUGAUGAUGACUAUUAAAGGAGAUACAUUAAAAUUCAA